AUGCGCCAACGUUGUUGGGUGGAAUUGUUGAACGACUACGAUUGCGAAAUAAAGUAUCAUCCGGGAAAGGCCAACGUUGUUGCGGACGCCUUGAGUCGGAAAGAAAGGGUUAAGACUUUACGUGUUCGUGCGUUAGGAUUAACGAUCCAAACGAGCCUCGUCACUCAAAUUCGCGACGCACAACGUGAAGCUCUUAAACCAGAGUUUAUUAAGGAAGAAUCUUUGCAUGGCAUGGAACAACAAUUGGAACCUAAGGAAGAUGAAACGCUGUAUUUCAUGGGUCGUGUUUGGGUUCCAUUGUUUGGCGGGUUACAUAAUCUAGUUUUAGAUGAAGCUCAUAAAUCGAAGUAUUCGAUUCAUCCAGGCGCCGAUAAGAUGUAUCAUGACUUAUUGGUGGCCUAA